AUAAACAAAAAUUAAUUUAAUUGGCGGUUUAUUUAUGUUAACACUGCCACUAUCCACAACGAACCCUAACUAACAAUUCAAACUUCAUACUCCACACGCGAUUCCAAAUUCCAAUCCCUCUCUUUCAAUUUUCCAUAUUCAACUUAAUUUCCUUCUUAUGUUCUUCGAAUCCACUACCUCACUCACUCUGCAGAUUCGUUAAUUUCACGCCACAAUGGUUUUCUGCGAUCAUUGUGUCACAGACGUUAUCGCUGAAAGAUACGAUGAUUGUUACUUAACUUGUACUUCUUGUGGGAAGGUGUUGGAAGAUCAAUUUUUUUCUGAGGAGCCAGUUUUUUUUAAAAACUUGGCCGGACAGAGCAAAUUAUCGGGAACUUACGUCCAAUCGGUUCAAAGAGAGAUCUCUGAAUCACGUCGAAGGACUUUAUAUAGAGCUUCUAAAGAAAUGGAAUAUUUAAGUCUCAACCUUGGAGUAACUGACGAUAAUAUGGUCAGCCAAGCUUUGGCCUUCUAUGAAAUAGCACUUGCAAAAAAUUUCACCCGGGGACGUAAAUCAGAGCAAGUACAGGCUGCAUGUCUCUAUAUUGCAUUUCGGCAAAAUAAAAAGCCAUACUUUCUUAUUGAAUUUUCAAAUAGUUUAAGGAUAAAUGUCUACAAACUUGGAGAAGUUUUUUUGCAGCUUUGUGAAGUUUUAAGGCUUAAUAAUCACCCUCUUGUUAAAAAGCCUAUUGAUCCCUGUCUUUAUCUUUAUAAAUAUACUAGUAAUUUGUUAGGCCACAGAAAUGGGGUUGUCUCUGAAACUGCACUGAGCAUUAUCGCGGAUAUGAACCGUAACUGGAUGCAGACAGGGAGGAAACCUAGUGGAUUAUUUGCUGCUGCAUUAUUCAUCUCCAGCAAUGGACAUGGUCAUAACAUCUCUAAGGCAGAUAUUCUAAGACUAUUCCAUGUAUGUGAGGCAACAUUGACCAAGCGAUUGAUAGAAUUCGAGAAUACAGACUCUUCUAGCUUGACAGUUGAGGAGUUGAAUGCAAUGGCAAAAGAGUAUGAAAAAAAUCCAGUUGUGUUGCCAAACAGUGAAUUUAAAGGAUCUACUUCAGACGAUCUAGUGUGUGAGCACAAAGAUAGCGAUGUGCCCUGUUUUGCACUUGGACUAUGUGAAGCUUGUUACAAGGAUUUUGAUAAGCUCUCGGGAGGAUUUGGUGGUGGAUUGGACCCUCCUGCGUUCCAGCGUGCUGAGAGGGAGAGAGUAAAGAAAACAGUUUCGAAGGAAAGGGCAGAUGUGGUGAAGACAUCAAAUAGUGCAUGCAAGGGACGAAAAGAAGAUUUGCCUGCCUCUGUAGAAAGGGAUGACACCAGUGCGGAAGAUGACACCAGUGCAGAAGCUGAAGAUGAAUCAGGAAAUUUCUCUGAUAUCGAUGACCAAGAGGUUAACGGGUACCUUUUCAACGAGGAAGAGAAACAUUACAAGAAGAUAUAUUGGGAAAAUGAGAACCGCGAGUAUCUUGCGGAGCAAGCAGUAAAGGAAGCAGCUGCCGCAGCUGCUAAGAAAAUUUAUGAAGCAAAUUUGAAAAACUGUCCAGUAGAAUCAAGAGAACUUUAUGAAUCUACUACUGCAGCUGUGGCAAAAUCCAGAAAGAGGCGAGCUCAGCAGGCAAAAAAUUCAGGGCCUGCUAAAUCUGCUGCAGAAGCCGCCUGUCAAAUGGUGAAAAAAAAGAAGCUCAGUAGCAAGGUCAAUUUUGAGUGCCUGGCAAAAUUAUUUGAAGACGAACCAGCAGAUGCGCGUAAUCCCAAGAAAGUACGAUUUGAUCUAGCCUCUGAUAAUCAUGACAAAUUUCAGUCUAAGGUUCAGGACCCAAAGGAUGAUGAGCUUGGAUCAGAGGAUAAUUUUGAGGAUGGUGACAAGGAUUGGUGUAAUAAUGAAAAUAUGGAUGAGGCAUAUAUCCCUGAGCAAGAUGGUUAUAAUUAUGAUGAGGAUCAUUAUUACUGAUAAGUUGCUAGAGGCUCUUUCUAUUGCAAUCCAUAUUCAACAUGGCUGGUGCAAGGGAACCGAAGGUUGUUGAAGUCUUGGAUGCUGAAAACUGUCAUCUGUUUUAAGCUGGCAUCACUAGGUGGGCUUUUCCUCGCCAUUUUUAAUCAUCGGUAAUUUGCAUAAACCUAUAGCAGGAAAUUGUUUAUUAGGUAUUAUUUAGGAUUCAUAUUGGUAGUUGUUAUCUAGCAGAGGUACUACAUUUGACAUAAGAUGUUUAAGAUAUUGUGUUGCAUACUAAACACCAAAAAUUUCUAAUUAAAGAAAAAUUACAUUUAAUCA